AUGGAUCGCCUCGCCGCCUAUAUCGCCGCCGCCAACUUGGCUCCCCGCGAGGCUGAGAUUCGCGCGCUGGUAGCACAAGGCGCCCAAGACGUGUGCGCUAUCAUGACCUCACCCUACCCGGCCGAUGAACUGCGGCGGGACGCGGCUCGCCAGACUCACCCGGACACCCGCAACCGCCAAGUGACGGGCAUCAUGUGGUACCUUACCGCCCUGGCGGUAGAGCGCAACCAGGGCUUCGUGCGCGGCGCCUUCGUGUGCCGCGACCCUCACGGCCGGCUGUCCGCCUACUUCCUGGGAGUCGGCACGCCUCGUAUCAGUAGUCACCUCAAGCGGCACAGCGCUCCCGGCUGCACCGGCGGCGUGGACCUGCGGGCUACCGAUACAUUGCCACCGCUUGCCCACGGCCUUCGGCACGUGCUGUUCAUCGCCAUCGUCCAUGACAAGCGCCGUGGCAAUUGCCUAUUCCUGAAACCCGAGCCCUACGGCGUAGCUGGCGUCUUAAACUUCUUCUGUCACGCAAUGUACUACGUCCGUUCGCUCGCACGCCGCCGCCGCUUUGGUGGCAACGACGGUGUAGGCAUGCGCAAGGAGCGCAUUCCGGAUCGCCUCGUGCAAGACUUCGGCGAGGCGGUGGUCCAUCUCCCCGACGGUGCGAGCGCUAUUGCUGAAGUGGGCCGUAGAGGCGAGGGCGACGGUAUUGGGUGCAUGCACGAUUACCUGGUCACAAAGCUCGCCGACGCCAAUAUUUCCGAGUCAUCCCGCGUGUCGCUGACCACCCUCCUGCGUCAACUCGAAUCGGAGUACGAUUUCGCAGCCCUUCGCUUCGGUAACGAGGUAUUCCUCGACCUCGCCACCGAUCUUGCAGGCCCGCUCCCACUGACGCCCGAGCCAUCCGAGUACUUCGGGUCGGCCUGAAAUAUGUACCGCGGACUAGUAGCGAGCCCACGCGGUGGCCUUGUGCCAGUCCAGUUGCCAACUGGCAGCAUCAGGUGUAGCAUAGUGUCCGGUUCGCAAACCAUUCGCUAUCAUAUUGAUGCACACAGCUCGAUAUGCGGAGCUCGGUCCUGACGAGCCGAAUUGAUAUUUUCCAGACAAAUUGGCCACCCAGCUUUUGUUUGCCAUUGUCGCGAUCGAAGACGCGCCUACACCAGAAACAAAAGCGAAUCGUUCGGCCCUACCCUGAAGAGGAGCAGCGCCAUGAGGCAUCAGAGGAUCACGGCAGUAAUCCCGCUUCUGGUCAAACAAUGGGAAGGGGUCGUGCUCAAAGGCUGCGAUGAUUCUUAUGCGUCAUUGCAUCUUCAGCUGGCAGAGCCAUUUUAGACACUAGCAUAGAGAGUAAAAUAUAAUAGAUUCAAUGCGUUUUACUGACUA